UCUCAUACGGUAGUUGCUUUGGUAACUCGCGUAAACAAAUGGCGUCCAUGAUGAGCUGAGCAACGCUUGCUACCUCUCAUUUGUUUUGAAGCUACGGAAGGUUUUGUUUGAACGGUUGAUUGUUAAAUGCUAUAUCUAAAAUGAGCAUGUUUGUUUAUUAACAAAUGAUUGCAUUUAAACAGUCUGUUCGAUAAGAUGGAUGACGAGCCUUUUUCUACAACGCUUGCUUACACGAAAAGCCCUAAAACAUCCAGAAGAACAACUUUUCAGGAUGAGCUAAAGAAAGCUGUGUCUACUAGAGCCAAUAAGCAUAGUUACUCUGAUGACUUUGACGAUGAUGAUGAUGAAGAAGAUGGUAAAAUUGAUGAUGAUGAUGAUGAUGAAGACAUGCUGAACAAACUUCUUAAAAGACAAAAACAGAAAAAGGAGAGAUUUAAAGCUGGGAGGACAAAAGGCAAAAUCAAUGAUUUCAAGCUUUCAGAUGAUGAAGAAGAAAAUGUCAAACCCAAAAAAGUAUCUUUCAUGAAAACCAAAAGAACCAGCUCACCUGUGCGUUUGGAAGAGCUAAACUCCAUGGGGAGUGCAGAUGACCAGCAUAUUUCUUCCCAUUACAUCCAAUCCAAGAAUACUUCUCAAAGUCCAAGCAAUUCUUACACUCCAGAGAAAAAUCAACUGUCAGAUUCCCCUUUUUCCUCUCCGUCUGACAAGUUUCAACCAGAAUCCACUUUACCCCAGAAGGAUGAACAGUCAAAAUCAGUAAUGAGGUUGAGGAACCAAACAGAGUCUGUGGUGAGGAAGAGCCUUUCAGAAACGCCACUGCCACUAAACUCUGAGAAUAGCCAAUGGGAAUCUUCUGUCCCCCUUACAUCAGAAGGCUCACAGUGGGAUAGUCCAGUACCAUUGCCCUCAGAAAAAGAUCAGGACAACCAAAGGAUUGGUGAAGAUGGUGACAUACCCAUUCCUCAACCCAGGGAGAGAAGUGUUAAACCAAAACUCUCUACAGACAUGUCCCCCAGACCCAAGCCCAGACUGAGGACAGCAAAUAUGUGUGACACUGGUCAGUUAGAAGAGGAAACGCAAGCAGAAACUCCUGCCUUCAGCAGAACAGCCACAUCCUCCAUGUCUAUACCCUUUUCCAACAGAUCCUCUUCUGAGAAGAGUCAAACCUCUACAAAUGAAAGUUUUCAGGGUCCAGAUGAACACCAGGCCAUGUCAGAAAAGUCCAAAACACAGUCUUUUUCAACAGAAGAGCAAGUGUCUGAGGCUCCAGCUACUGCAGACAGUGUUGCCUUAGAAGAGAGCAAAGAGAGGAACCACUCAACAUCAUUUGAAGAAAAGCAUGAGAGAUUCCAGGAUGACCUUGACCACACGUCAACCACACAAAGCCGAAUGUCUAGAAAAUCCACAGAAAGACCUUCAAGCUCCCGGUCAUGCAGUUCCAGAAAGUCCAAAAGCUCAUAUAUAGCAGAGUCCAAAUACCUUGGAACAUUGAAGAUUUUGGAUCAGAGGACACAGACCCAACAUGUUCCAGAAGCAGCAGAUUCACUAAGAGCUGCUGUGUACCAGGAAUGGCUAAAAAAGAAAGAAGACACUUUAAAAAUAGCAAGAAGGGCAAAAAAGCAGGAAGACAAAUUGAAAGAGGAGAAAAUGCAAGAGGAAAAGCUUGCUAAAAUUGCAGAUGCAAAGGCCUCUUAUGAUGCCUGGAAAGAGAAAAAAGCUGAAAUCAUCAGAAAGAAAGUCAAAGAAAAUCAGGAGGCAAUCAACCAACAACAAAUGGAAAUGGAUAAAAAACAAGAAAAAAAGGAAACCGCAAAACAGCAGGUUUUUGAGAAGUGGAAAGAGGAUCAUGACAGUAUCCUUAAAGACAGGAUAAAGGAAAAGAAGAAGAUUGAGAGAAAAGAGAAACUACAGCAGGUCAGAGAGAAAGAGGAAAGAAAGAAGGACUGCACCUCUGCUUUCACUGAAUGGAGUUACCGAAAGAAGGAUGUCAUUGAAGAGAAGGUAAGGGCAAAACGCGAGGAGGAGAAAAUAAAGGAAGUGGAGGAGAAAUAUGAAAAGGAGGAAAAGGAAAAAAUGGCCUUGGAGAUGUAUGACAAAUGGCUGAGAAGAAAAGAGUUUCAACAAAAAAGAGAGAGAAAUGAAAAGAGGAUACAGGCUAUUCUUCAGGAUGAGCCCCCUCCACCCUGGAGCCCACCUAAUAAAACCAUCCCAUUUGGAAAAUGAGCUUUAUUUCAUUUUAUUUUUAACCCCCUAUUUUUUUUUUUUUUUUUUUUGACAUUUUAUAUAAUUAUUUCAGGAAUAAUUGAAACAAAUUAAUCAUAAUGUAAUGCAGUAACACUACAUUACAUUUUCAUCAUGAUGUCUUUAAAUUAGAAAAGCAAUUUUUGAGAUAUUUGUCUAAAUAUACAUUUGAUCAUAAACAUGGCAAGAUAAGAGCGAUAAAUACGAGAUACAUAGAGAUAAAUAUGUGCUGUUUAUAUAUAAUGGCGUUAUAGGUUGAUCAAAGCCUUAUCCUUAUUUACAAGAAAUGUGUUUUUUAAAAUUAUGUCUUCAAUUUAUGUUCUUUUAUGGAUUUUUUUUUACUUGACAAAAACCAUUCACAGUUUGGAUCUUUUCAUUGUUUGUGAUGAUAAACUUUAUUGUAUUAUUUAUCUUAUAAAACAUAUCUUGAAAUUGUA